AUGGAGGUUUUUGAACAUCAGGGUUGGCAAGAGCUUUGGGCUGGCAACACAGUCAACAUGCUGCAUAUAAUACCUACACAGGCAAUUGAGCUGGGAACAUUUGAAUUCGUCAAGCGGGCUAUGAUUUCAACGCAAGAGAAAUGGAGCCAAACCAAAUGCUCAAAGGUGCAGAUUGGCCAUGUCAGACUGAAGGAUCGAUUGACUGUGAGUCUCGAGGCUUAUCCUUCUCUAAGGAUCGCUAUUAAUAAGAUUUAUAAGGAUGGUGGAAUUGGUGCUCUCUAUGCUGGCAUUUGCUCCCAUAUAUCACAUGUUAUUAUCUCAGGUUUCACAGCAAACACAAUUAGUUAUCCUUUGGAGGUGGCCACAAAAAGGCUCAUGGUGGGAGCUCUGCGAGGCAAAUGUCCACCACCUCAUAUGGCAGCCGCGCUUGCCGAAGUCUUUAGGGAGGAAGGUUUGAUGGGGCUUUAUAGGGGGUGGGGUGCAAGUUUCUUAAAAGUGAUGCGCCCUCUUAAGGCAUCACUUGGAUGUUUUAUGAGGCUUGGGAAGAUAUAUUGCUUGCUGGUUAUCUAUAGUUGUCUUGCAGAAUCCAAUAUGGAAGUCCCUUGCUCUUGGUGGGGCUUGAAUAUCAGGAUUUGGCUUGUGCUCAGCCUGGGAUUCCAAGAUUUGGUGAGUUGGCGGGGAGAGGUGGCUGCCGCUGUCUUCUUCUCUAAUAGGAAUUGA